GCCUAUCUUACUUUAUUUUCCCCCUGACGGUAUAAUUAGCUGCGAGACUGCAUGACCACCUGUUUGAUACGCAAGCAAAAAGGAAAUUCCGCCUAUAUCAGAAAGAUAUUCCACAAAGCGACCUACUCAAACUAGAUUGGGUCAGUUUCAGGUCAAGUCAAGCUAUUAACUGACUCAUAGAACGUCGAUAUCAGUAGCACACUGUUAAUCGCAUCAUUCAGCCCUUCAUCAAUACGACCACCAAUACACGGCUUCGACAGACCAGCAUUUAAUCAUGCCUCCCACGACGUUCCGCCACUUCUCCCUACUACCAAGGGAACUUAGAGAUCAGAUAUGGGAUGCAGCAAUUCGGCCAGAUGUCCCAUCAGUCCAUUUCUUCACAGCUUGGCACGGAACAUAUGGACCAGACCCACCAACCAUAGUCGAAUGCGCAGUGGCCGGUCGAGGGGAGCACCCCGACGAGCUAUGCAGCCUGGCCGCUCCACGCUGUAACAUAGCAGAACCGGAUCGCCUGUCUUGGUUUGAAAACAAUCCUUCGGUAUAUAUGGAAGAUAGCGGGCUAUGGACAGCUUGUAAAGAGUCUCGAGAAGCAAUGAUUAGACGCUUUGGAAACCACAAGGUCACUUACCAGAAACGACUUAACGAGCGGGCCUCGUCAGAAUACCUGAAGCCGAACGAGGAAACUAACGAUGCAUCUGCUACAGGCACCAUGGUGCAAGACGGAAAAAGGCAGUACUUUACCGUCUGUCCAAAAACUGAUCUAUUUUGCCUGCAGUCUCUCAAUGCAUGUGGAUCCUGGGAGACAUUUGAGAAGAAUGUGCCGAUAUUCAACCAGCAAGGAUCACCUAAGCCACAUAUUGCUCUUGAGUUUGAUCCCAUGUGGAUGAACCCUCAAACUGAUGAGCAAGGGUUCAAGUACGAACUCGCCUUCGAAGCGACCACCGGGGAGCUUGGGAGAUGGGCUAGCAAGUUGUGGUUUAUCGACUACCGCAUACGUCCCAAGCUCGACAUUGAGGACAAUAUUUUACAGGAUCUUGACAAGCACACAGUCUUCCAAGGUAGAGGUUGCAAAUACGUUGAGGUCAUAACAACAAUGGAUAAGUACACAUGGACCUGGAGUAAGGAAAAAUGGGUCUGGGAUCAUGAUAAACCUGAAAAUCCGAUAUAUGAAUUCCUACAUGUAAUACAGGAUAGACAAGCAGAAUACGCCAUGAAUAUGGGAUAUAUUGAACCGUGGGAGGAAAUUUUUACAGAUGAUCCGCCCUGGGACGCACCUGAAAUUGGCGUGUUAGCAUGCAUACCAGAAAAAACAACCCUAACAGCAGACUGCGAGUUCCACGAGUCAGAUAAUAGCUUGACCUGACUUGGGCCUGGCCUGACUUAGCCUGGCCUGACUUAGCCUGGGUAGAUCCUUUUUUAGGGAUAUCUAUCCGAGCCGAGCGCCAAAUUUUUUUUUCGGUAUUUUAUAUGAAUAUCUUUAGGGCAAUAUUAUUGGUUGUUGGUAAGGGUUUUGGGUGAAAUAUAUUAGGUGGCUGAUAUGCCUAAGUGUGGCUUUAUAAGGGCAUACAGGCCAAGUCGACGAUACGGCUAGGCCAAGCCAGUGCAAGCCAGGCCAGACACACAG